AUGACAACUCCCAACAACAACGCGUCUCCGCCGGAGUACUACAGCGGCCUUGAGGUAGACAGCCGACCGGGCCGAUCGCCGGGAGGGUAUGGCGAUCAAGACUUGAGCAAGUUCCGUGUCGCGGACCAGAAUAACUUGCCCGAAGUUGACAACCAUGACGGCGACCUUCCACAAGCCGUGCACCCGUACGGCCAUGAUUACUCUAUGCUCCAGGCCGUUCACCCGGCGGAGGGCGGCGUCUCACCAGCCGAAUAUCAAAGUGGUCCAUAUGAUUCAAGCGGGUACUACGCUCCGAAAGAAGACAACCCGCCAGAGGUCGUGACAGCAGAGAUCGACGAGAAGCAGCAGAAGAAGAGGGUGGGCACAAUAUGCGGCAUGCGACGCAAGACCUUCUGGAUCGUUCUAGCCGUGGCGCUCAUUAUUGUCAUUGGCGCUGCAGUAGGAGGAGGCGUCGGUGGCGCAUUGUCGGCAAGCAACAGCUCGCAACAAUCAAGCAGCAGCUCGGGAGGAUCAAGCGGCGGCGGAAGCGGCAGCAGCGGUACAGGAACCGGCAGCGGCGGUGGGAGUGGAAGCGGCGACAGCAGUGGUGAUAGCAGCGGCGAUUCUAAUAGCACGACGACAACGAAUGAGCUGGAUAUCCUGCCCACCAGUAGCAUUGGCGCGCUCAACUUCACAGACUACUAUGGCUACGUGAACCACCUCGUGUUCUACCAGCUGCGGUCUAAGAACCUCAUGAUGUCAUCCUACAAUUCUUCAACGAAAGUUUGGAGCUCAACAAUUGCCAAUAGAGAGAGCACGAUCAAGGAGGGUACUCCCAUCUCCAACAGCUUGUUCUGGCAUAGCAGUAAGGUCCGCGAUGUCCGUAUCUACUACCUCAACGAAGCGAAUCAGGUUGCAGGCAUCAUCAAUGCCAAUCCCGUUUACGGCUCGUCGUGGGAUAAAUCCGGCGUUUCAAACACCUUUACUGCGAACGCGAAGUCAAAUCUGCUGUCUAACGGCAUCUAUACCCCCGACUCAUACCUAUCGAACCUUGUUCUAUAUCAAGACGCUGGAAAUACCAUCCGUGUUCUCCGCCGGACAGGCGAUGGAGCGACAGAUUGGGCCGCCGUGGGCAUAUCGACCGAUUUUGGAAAGCCUGCAGAGGGUACCGGGAUGUCUAUGAUUCCCAUCUAUACCAACGCGACCACGAAGAGGAUGGCCAUGUUCUAUACUUCUGAGACAGGCUCACUCAUCCAUCUCACACUCGUCAACGACAAUGACUGGACCAAUAACACCUUACCAACCAUGCUCGAAACUAACGCGACAAUCGCGGCCUUCUCGAGCGGAUACGAAAGCAACAACAACCUGGUCAUGCACGUACUGGGGGCACAGGCGGACAAAGCACCUGUGCUGACAACGUACGCUGAAGGAGAGUGGACCAACGUAGGGGAGGUUUCCACCAUGUCCGGCGAGGAUAGGCCCUUCAAGAUUGCGGCCAACUCCGCUGGGAGAGUCUAUGGUCUCGUACAGCGCAAUGCUACCAAGGUUGAGAUCGUCGAGUGGGAGUGGAUUGGUGGUACAACAUAUAAUAAGAUUGGUGUGAUAGAUACCGUCUCAUGA